AUGGGCUUCCUCGGCGGCAAGGGCAAGGGGAAGCACACCCCCGGUGUCGGCUCGUCCCGUGCGCCUCCUCCGCUGCCGCCUGGACGCGUCAUGAGGGAGCGGCUGAACAUAUCGCGCAUCCCGGUGCCGACAGUGCCGCGGUCGCAGCGGGCUCAUGCCGAGGAGGUACGCAGGCGCCGGGAGCUCAUGAUCCCGGCGCAGCGCCGACUUCCUGCCUAUGCGCCGGACUCUCCCAAUUGGGAGGUCUGGUUUUCACUCGAGCACGAAGAGGAACGCCACCACGGCGUCCAGUACCACCACGCCAACCCCCUGCCGCCCUCAGAAGUCGAGCCGGAGGAGGAGGAGGAGGCCUAUCAGGCCGUGUUGGCAGCGGCCAUGCAGAGCUCCAUCGAGGAGACCCGACGCAAGGAGGAGGAGGAGGAGGCUGCCUAUCAGGCGAGGCUGGCGGAGGCCCUCGCCCCGUCUGCGGCUGGGGACUACGUGAUUCCACCGUCGCUGCCGAGGCUCCCCGAGCCCAAGGCCGAGCCGCCACCGAUGGUGCCCGUGACGGAGCGAUAUGUGUGGACCGGUGGGCUGCGCGAGUGGGUCAGCGCGCCAGCUGUCUUGCUCGGCGCGACGCCGGCGAAGAAGGCGGCGUAUCUCGAUCAUUACAGGGCCCGUGCACUGGCGGAGGAGCGAGCAGAGGGCGAGCGCCUGAUGCAAGCCAAGCGUGAGGCGGGGGAGCGCCAUUCCCGCUGGGCACGGGAGGAGGAAGACGCGCGCCAUGAGGAGGAGGAGGAGGAGCGACGUGCCCGCGGUGAAGCAGUCCAGCCGGCACAGCAGCCGUAG